GGCGUAAGAAAGAGCGGAUAGUGCCUAGUGUCCGGUGGCUUGGGGGUUUUGACCGCCGUGGCGAGUCGCGAGAGGCAGAGGGAGUUUGGAGCGGGAACUCGAAAGGUUUCAUUCUUCAAUUGAAUCCUAUCAAUUCAAACUGUAUGCUGCUUUGCAGUAGUUGACGGGAACAGCAACAUAAUACUACUGCUAGUGAUAUCUGUACGAGUAAUUAGUAGAAGAGCGAAUUGAAUUGGUCCAAAUUUAGGCGCUGCCAUUGGCCGGAUUAGCAUCCCUCUCUGUGUAUAUAUAUAUAGUACAAGUAAGAGAGAGAGAGAGAGAGAGAGAGAGAGAGAGAGAGAGAGUGAGUGAGUGAGGGCAGCGCAGUGGGAGUGACGAAUUAAAUAACAUGAACAAGAAGAAGAAGAUAGGAGGAUUAAGAAGAUUGUUUGAGAUUAGUAUUGUUAUAAUUAUUGGGUGUAUAUGUGCGAUCACCAGAUCCGCUGCUGCUGCCGCCGCCAAGGACGACCAAUUCCUACUCCUCCUCGGAGUUUCCCCACAAGAUGAGGAUUAUUACAAGGGAUUGUUGUCUUCCCCUUCCUCUACCAUCAAAUGCAAAGACGGAUCCUUCAAAUUCUCCACCUCUCAGCUCAAUGACGAUUUCUGCGACUGUCCUGAUGCCUCCGACGAACCUGGUACAUCCGCUUGUCCGAACGGCAAAUUCUACUGUAAGAAUGCUGGACAUAUUCCUUUCUCUUUGUACUCUUCCAGAGUCAACGAUGGCAUCUGCGAUUGCUGUGACGGCAGUGAUGAGUAUGAUGGCAAAGUUAUGUGCCCAAACACUUGUUGGGAGGCUGGCAAAGUAGCUAGAGAAAGGUUGAAGACGAAGAUUGCUACCUAUCAGCAAGGUGUCACUGUACGUAACCGGCUAGUUGAACAAGCCAAAUUAGCAAUAGCCAAAGAGGAGGCCGAGUUAUCCAAACUAAAAAACGAAGAGAAGAUACUCAAGGGGCUGGUUGAACAACUUCAGGAGCGUAAAGAACAGAUAGAGAAGGCAGAGGAGAAGGAACGGUUACAAAAGGAAAAAGAGGACAAAGAAAGAAAAGAAGCUGAGGAGGCUAAUCUGAAAGAGAAACAAAAUGGCGAACAAGUUGAAAGUUCGGAAGCAGAUGCUCUAAAGAAUGACAUCCAUGAUAAGAUUGGCGAACAAGUUGAAAGUUCGGAGGCAGAUGCUCUAAAGAAUGACAUCCAUGAUAAGAUUGGCCUAUUGGGAGACUCUUCUUCAUCACAGGAUGUAAUGGAUGGCCAUGGAGAUUCUGAGAGUGAAGCUCAGCACGGUGAAUUUGAUGUGAAGGAAGAAUCUCCAAUUGGUGAUGUAAAACCGCUGCAAGAGGAUUCUUUGCUGCAUGCCACAGAGAAAGAGGAACAGUUGACAGUUGAUGGUCAACCUGGUCUUGAUAUUGGAAAUCAGGCAGAAGUAGAAGAGGACAAUAGCGAAUCAUUAUCUAAGGAAGAGUUAGGUCGUCUUGUUGCCUCUCGUUGGACAGGAGAAAAGACUGAGCAGCAAACUGAAGAGGUUAGUUCUACUAAAGAUAAAAAUCAUGGAACAGAAGAGGAGGAUGCUUAUGGAGAAGAAUACAGCAGUUAUGAUUCAGAGGAGGAUGAUCAUAGGUAUGAUAAUGAUGAUGGUGAUAAUGAAGACCAGAUGGAUGAUUUUGGGGGUGAGGAUCAUGAUGAUUCAAGCCCUUCAUAUAAAUCUGAGACAGAUGAUGAACCGGACUUACCAGCAGAACCAUCAUGGUUGGAGAAGAUACAAAAGUCUGUACGUAGAAUUUUUCAGGCUGUUACCUUUUUUCAAACUCCAGUUGACAAAUCUGAGGCUGCACGUGUUCGCAAAGAAUAUGAUGAAUCUAGUGCAAAGCUCUCUAAAUUACAGUCAAGGAUAUCAAGUUUGAAGCAAAAGCUAAAACAUGAUUUUGGGCCAGAGAAAGAGUUCUAUUCAUUUUAUGGUCAAUGUUUUGAGAACAAGCAAAACAAGUACGUCUACAAAAUCUGCCCUUUUAAACAAGCAUCACAGGUGGAGGGUCACAGCACAACUCGUUUGGGGAGUUGGGAAAAGUUUGAGGAUUCAUACAAGGUCAUGCAAUUUUUAAAUGGUGAUAAAUGCUGGAAUGGGCCAGAUAGAAGUUUAAAGGUCAAACUAAGAUGUGGUUUAAACAAUGAAGUUACUGAUGUGGAUGAACCAAGCCGCUGCGAGUACAUGGCUUUGGUGUCUACUCCGGCUCUUUGUGUAGAAGAAAAACUUAAGGAACUACAAGAUAAACUAGACAUGAUGAACAAGGAACAACCAACAAGUCAUGAUGAACUCUGAACCGUCUGCAUGAUAUUUUUGCUAAUACUGGACGUUCAUAAAUUUUGCUGAUACGAGAACUUUUGCUUCCUAUCUGAAGUAAUUACUCCUCUUUGGAAAUAAUUAUUUUGGUUGGUCUGGAGGGACAUGAUAUCACUGAAUUGCAGGUUUCCGGGGAAACAAAUUCCCAAGCAAAGAUUUGAAGUGGGCUUUUGUUUUUUUCGGUGGCGAUGCAGCUCCUUUUCAAACUAGACAGGUCUUUAUUUUGAGAAUAUGAACUGAGGCUAUAAACAGGAGGAGGAAAUAGAGUAGGUUGAAUAUUGUAGCAGUUUCGUAUAUCCAUGUCUCAAUCUUGUCUUUCAAGAUUGACCUAGAAGAAAAAUAUCAGGAUGAAAAUGUCUCUAGAUUGGGUUAUGGAACUGUUAAUGAUUUGAACAUUGGAUGCAUUAAGAAGAUUUUAGUUUCGUA